AUGUCAAAGGUGGUCCUUCCGUUCACAGAAGCCAACACCAAAAGGGUUUCCUCUUUGUUUAGAAAAGCGUUAAGAAUCGCGUUUGAUUCUAAUCUUAAGUUUCAGAGUUACAGAGAAGAGACGGUAAGAAUAAGGUCUCAGUUCGAGAGAAACAAACUCAUCCUGGAUCCCAAUGAAUUAGAAGUUGUCAUUGCCAAUACCCGUGCAAAAUUAGCAGAAUAUACUCAUCCAGAUCCAUAUAUUCCUCCUUUGAGACCAGGUGGUACAAAGUAUGAAAGAAACCUUCCUCCACCAAAGGAACCUGUGGUGCCCGGUGAUUGGUAA